AUGAAGGUCAUCGUCGAGGACUACAACCCACUCUGGGCAGUGCAAUUCCAGCACGUAAAGGACGAGCUCGAGGAAUGCUUGGAAGGCGUCUCAUACCUAAGCAUUGAACACGUAGGGAGCACUGCGGUACCCGGGCUGGCCGCCAAACCAUUGCUGGACAUCGACAUUGUGAUCACACGAGCCCAGCUACCGGCCGUGAUCGAAGCACUGACGAAGAAGGGAGGCUACGAGUACAAGGGCGACUGGGGCAUUCCUGAGCGAGAGGCUUUCCGCCAAAAAGGCGCCGAACCGGCGAGAAAUCUGUAUGCCUGCAUCGAAGGUAGUACCUCGCUCCGCAACCACUUAGCGGUGCGCGACAUAUGCAGGAAAGACGAGAAGGUUCGCGAGGCAUACGCGAAGGAGAAGCGCCGUCUGGCGGCAAGAGAAUGGCGCGAUGUCGACGAAUACUGCGAGGCAAAGAACGAUGUUUUGAUCUGGGUGCUUGAACAGGCGGGCUUUGCCACGCCAGAUCUGGAGGAGAUUCGCCGACGGAAUACAGCUCUGGAUGGAAGUUGA